ACUGCACCACUGAUGUAACUUUCAUUUCCUCCUACAAGGGGGUCAUUCACAUGAGCUCGUUUACAGACCGGCGUACAAAGCUGGAGCUAUCAAAGUAAUAACUAAUAAUUAAAUUUAAUAAAUAAGCAGAAUGUUACGGACGCUGUGUCGGAGAGGCGGCGCCAUUUUGCAGCAGAGCCAGCGGUUCGGUCCGGUCCAGCAGCGCUGGGCCUCCAGUCUGCCCAUGAACACGGUGGUUCUGUUCGUUCCCCAGCAGGAGGCCUGGGUGGUGGAGAGGAUGGGCCGCUACCACCGCAUCCUGGAGCCCGGUCUGAACUUCCUCAUCCCGGUGCUGGACAGAGUGCGCUACGUCCAGAGCCUGAAGGAGAUCGUGAUCGACGUCCCGGAGCAAUCCGCCGUCUCUCUGGAUAACGUCACGCUGCAGAUCGAUGGAGUUCUCUACCUGCGGAUCCUGGACCCGUUUAAGGCCAGCUACGGCGUGGAGGACCCAGAGUACGCCGUCACGCAGCUCGCCCAGACCACCAUGCGUUCUGAGCUGGGGAAGCUGACCCUGGACAAGGUCUUCCGGGAGCGAGAGUCUCUGAACUCCAACAUCGUCCACUCCAUCAACCAGGCCUCGGACGAGUGGGGGAUCCGCUGCCUCCGCUACGAAAUCAAAGACAUCAGCGUCCCGCCGCGGGUCAAAGAGUCCAUGCAGAUGCAGGUGGAGGCUGAGCGUAAGAAGAGAGCCACGGUUCUGGAGUCCGAAGGGACGAGGGAGUCGGCCAUCAACGUGGCUGAAGGUCGGAAACAAGCUCAGAUUCUGGCCUCAGAGGGAGAGAAGGCAGAGCAGAUCAAUAAAGCAGCUGGUGAAGCUCAGGCUGUGUUAGCCAUAGCUGAAGCUAAAGCUAAAGCUAUCCACCUGCUGUCUGAGGCGCUAACAGAGCAGAACGGCAACGCGGCGGCCUCCCUCAGCGUGGCUGAGCAGUACGUCUCGGCGUUCUCCAACCUGGCCAAGCAGACCAACACCGUCCUGCUGCCGUCCAACACCGGCGACAUCACCGGGAUGGUCACUCAGGCGAUGACCAUCUACAGCCAGCUGGCGAAGACGACUCCUGCAGGAUCAUCGGCGGCGGCGGAGGAGAAGAAGGCGGAGCUUCCUGACGGUUUGGCGUCACCAGAGGAGCAGAGGACUCAGUGAAGGAGGUCGGGCUGUUUGACCCAGAAAGCCCUGAAGCAGAUCCAGUGGAGGCGGCUCUGCUGACCGAACAGUUCGCUCCGACCCGACGGGACUGGGAGGAAAACCGAACCCAGUCGUCUGGUUUCCGUCGGACCUCCGGGUCAGAUCUCCAGUUCGUCGAUCCUCACAGACUCUUUAUGUUCAACCGACUUCAGCCUCCAGGACAGAAAUGUUGUCUCAUGUAAAUGCAGAAAUACUCAUGUUUUCAGCCGUUUGUUUUUCUUUAUACGCAAUUACUGACACCCUUAAUAAAGAUGCAUAAAAAACUUUGAAUAAAUUUAAUGUUUUUUUGCAGUAACAGAUUUUUUUUUACCUUCCUUGUCGUCGUCCUGAUGCUAUAGUGGGAAAAUAAAGCAGAGUUUUGUUGCUCUGAUUAUGGGAAAUUAUGGGCAUGUUCUCUUGUCUUUCCCAGUUUGAAGACUGAAUGGAAACUUUUUGCCAUCAAGUUGAAAUUUCUUGAGGGCCACAACAUGCACUUCUUUCAAAAUAAAAUAGUUAAAAAUAAA